CUUAAACUCUCGCACGAAUUUUUUAAUCGUUCCGCAUAGUAUCUGUCACCUCAGUUUGCAGAAUAAAUAUUCAUUUCAGUUGUAACUUUCUUAGUAAUCCAAUCUUUGUGUGCAGUGAUAAUAAAUAUUAUUAUUUAUGCAAGUGGUCGGUGAUGACAUAAAAAAAAUUGAAAUAAUGAGCUCAUUAUCCAUCUAUGAGGAAUUUAUUGAAUUUGAUGCCCUAUUGGCAGAUUUACAAAACACAGUCACAGGAGGUCAGAAUCACGGUGGAUAUGGUUCCUUGAACGCGCCUAGAGGCAGACAAGCUCCAGUUACCGAAAUUUCAGUUGCAAAGGCACAAAAUGCCAACGUGGGAAACUAUGGCAAAACCCAACCUGUUUCAAGCUCUAGAAGUUAUUCCAGUGCCGCACCAGCUGGCAAUUAUGGUACCCCUGGAACCACUGAAGAAAAACGUCGCCCUGGAAAUAGCAGCCUGCAAGAAUUGGACACCUUGUUGGAGGAUUUGAGUAACAGUAGAUACGCCAACGUGCCAGUUCCAGAAAACGGUGUGAAUGGUUCAAAUGCUGGGUACAACGACAGCUGCAGUGGUUCUGGCAACAGAAGUCCUGCCUAUGCUAAUUCCAGACCUUCUAGUGCGCAAAAUAGCCUUAACCGACCUUCCAGCUCCCAAGGUGUCCAUAAUCGACCUUCUGUGGACGACUUGUUAGAUGAACUAAAUCAAAGUGAUGUUAUCUAUGCCGGUCCGAAAAAAGUUGUGAUAACCGUUAAAGAAACCAAAACUGAAACUGGUUUCCCUGGGGAUACAGAAUUGAUAUCUUCACAUACUACAAGGGCUGCUUCUUCAGCUACCAGAGAACUUGACGAUCUAAUGGCUAGUUUGUCCAGCAUAAAGGUGAACCAAAGUGUUCAACAACUUGUAAGUGAAGAAUACGCGCGUCCAACCAAAGCCACUCAAUCGCAGGGUGCUUUUUCACCACCAGCCAAUCUAGAUCAUAUGCUCGAUAAUCUUCAAGCAGACAUGAGCCGUCAAGGAGUCAACACCAGCCAAAAAGGAUGCUGCAACGCCUGCGAAAAACCCAUUGUCGGUCAAGUAAUCACUGCCCUGGGCAAAACCUGGCACCCUGAGCACUUUACUUGCGCUCACUGCACCCAAGAAUUGGGCACCAGAAACUUUUUCGAAAGAGAAGGCAAGCCUUAUUGUGAACCUGAUUAUCACAACUUGUUCAGUCCCAGAUGUGCCUACUGUAACGGACCUAUUUUGGAUAAAUGCGUUACAGCUUUAGAAAAAACGUGGCAUAUGGAUCACUUUUUCUGCGCCCAAUGCGGCAAGCAAUUCGGCGAAGAUGGUUUUCAUGAACGCGAAGGAAAACCUUAUUGCCGUGACGACUACUUUGACAUGUUCGCUCCUAAAUGCGGCGCUUGCAAUCGUGCUAUAAUGGAAAAUUACAUUUCCGCACUCAACAGCCAGUGGCAUCCCGAUUGUUUUGUUUGCAGGGAUUGCAGGCAGCCCUUCAUCGGCGGCUCGUUCUUCGACCACGAAGGCCAACCCUACUGCGAAACCCACUACCACUUGAAACGCGGCUCCCUCUGCGCAGGAUGCCACAAACCGAUAUCAGGGCGUUGCGUCACUGCAAUGUUCAGGAAAUUCCAUCCGGAACAUUUCGUUUGCGCUUUUUGUUUGAAACAGCUCAACAAGGGCACGUUCAAAGAGCAAAACGAUAAACCGUACUGUCACAUGUGUUUCGAAAAACUUUUCGGCUAAAAAUUUUCAAGGUUUUAAAAUAAAUGUAAGAUCAAUUAUUAAAUAUUUAAAAAAAAAAAAUGUCCAGACUAUUCUAAAAUAAAAAUUGUUGAAAUGCUUUAAAGUAGUCAAGAUUGUGUAAUACUUUAUGGUAAAAUGUGAUAAUUUGAGCCAUAUAGGAUUUUACUAGUCAACAAAAAAAAAAAUGUGUUUCUUCAAGUCAUAUGGACUUUUUAUUAUUUCCUAUUUCAACAAAUGUGUACUUUGUUCUAGGGGUUUGUAAUAAACUCCUUUUCUAAGGCGCCACAAAAAAACGGCAGCAAAAAUUGGAGAUUUUUCAACAUGGAUUACCUUUUUAUUUUUAAAAUUUGAUGCAUUUACUUAAGCAACUUAUUUUUAAUAAAAAUUAAGUAUGCGGCAUUUAAAGACUUCCAAAUUAGUUGAUCUUUAGCUUCUGUAGGUGCUAUUAUACUUAUUUAAGUUUGCCAUUUUUUUUAAUUAUUGAGGUGUCAUUUUAAUGAGUGCUUAUAUAUUAUUAUCUAUUUUAAUUUUUUUACUAUUACAUAUUUGUUUAAUCAUGAUUUUUGUAAUACACAAAUAGAGCUUACACUUGUUAAGGCUGCAUUUUAUUGUAUACAAACAUUUAAUGUUUUUCGUUAUUUUAUUAUUAAAUUUUAUUUUAUAAGAAUGGUGUUAGAAGAAGUGCUCUGUAACAAAAAGCUGAAAGUGUAACAUAAAAAAGGUUUUAGUUUAAAUUAUGGAUGGUUUUUCGUUGUGACAUUUUUCCAAAACUAAUAACAUUUGGUAGGCGUUGUUACAGAACUAAAAAUAAAGAUAAAAAUAAUUUUAGU